GCGUUUGCGCGGGGCCGGUGCCCGCGGCGCUCCUGGCUCUGCACGCUGCAGCCUCUGGGAGCAAUGAUUAACCCGGCGGGGCGGCCGGCGCGCGGCCCGGGGCGGAGGCGCGGGGCCGGGGCGGGACCCCGCAGGGCCGCUCAGCUUCCUGCUCUCGCCCAAGUUUCCUUGUAGAGGGCGCAGCGCCGGCCGGGCCCGCGGCGUGGCGCAGCGCAGGGCGCGCGUGGGCGCCGAGCGGGCCGCCGGGUCACCAUGAGGACUCUCCGCAGGUUGAAGUUCAUGAGUUCGCCCAGCCUCAGUGACCUGGGCAAGAGAGAGCCGGCGGCCGCCGCCGCGGACGAGCGGGUCACGCAGCAGCGCCGGGCCUGCGCCAACGCCACCUGGAACAGCAUCCACAACGGGGUGAUCGCCGUCUUCCAGCGCAGGGGCCUGCCCGACCAGGAGCUCUUCAGCCUCAACGAGGGCGUCCGGCAGCUGCUGAAGACGGAGCUGGGGUCCUUCUUCACCGAGUACCUGCAGAACCAGCUGCUGACGAAAGGCAUGGUCAUCCUCCGGGACAAGAUCCGCUUCUACGAGGGACAGAAGCUGCUGGACUCCCUGGCGGAGACCUGGGACUUCUUCUUCAGCGACGUGCUGCCCACGCUGCAGGCCGUCUUCUACCCGGUGCAGGGCAAGGAGCCGUCCGUGCGCCAGCUGGCCCUGCUGCUCUUCCGGAACACCAUCACCCUCAGCGUGAAGCUGGAGGACGCGCUGGCCCGCGCCCACGCCCGCGUGCCGCCCGCCAUUGUGCAGAUGCUGCUGGUGCUGCAGGGUGUGCACGAGCCCAGGGGCGUGACCGAGGACUACCUGCGACUGGAGGCGCUGGUCCAGAAGGUGGUGUCGCCCUACCUGGGCACCUGUGGCCUCUUCUCCAGUGAGGGCACCUCCACCCAUUCCUGCAUCCUGGAGAAGCGUCUGCUGCGCCGCUCGCGCUCGGGGGACGUCCUGGCCAAGAACCCGGUGGUGCGCUCCAAGAGCUACAACACGCCCCUGCUGAACCCGGUGGCCGAGCACGAGGCGGAGGCCGCGGCGGGUGGCCCGGGCAUCCGCCGGCACUCGGUCUCGGAGAUGACGUCCUGCACGGAGCCCCAGGGCUGCGCCGGCUCCCCCGGCCAGGGCCCCGCGGGGGCCUUCCGGUCCUCCCCGCCGCCCCACGCGGGCCCCUGCCCCAGCAGACUCUACCCCGCGGCCCAGCCCUCCGCGCAGGGCCCGGCCCGCGGCUCCCCGCCCUCCUCCAGCCCCGAGACCCUGGUGGACCAGACUCUGGAGUCCGCAGACUCCGACUCCGAAGGGAUUUUCAUUGACUUUGGCCGGGGCAGCGGCUCGGGGGUGUCUGGCUUCGAGGGGGCGGGGGGCCGGCAGAGCGUGGUGUGAGGGUGGGCCGCUGCGUGCGUGUCGCGUGACGUGCGUGUGACUUUUUUACUGCCCCAGCCUCACCAGCCCCCGCCAACCGUCACUGCCUCAGUCACUUUACACCCCCCCUUGGGAAGGCCCUCCCGCCCACUCAGCCAGGUCCUCUGGGGCGUCCGCGUGGGCGCCACCCAGGUGCACGGCCAGCCUUGCCAUUGAAGGGACAGGACCGCGGCUCCUCCUGCCUACCCGGCCCCCACACCCACCGGCCCGCCCAGAAUGUGAACCUGGGGGGUCCCGCCUGUGCCACCCAGGAGCCCCGAGUGACAGGGAUGCAGCGUACCCUCCCCCACACAUCGGGGCCCCAGCCAGGCCCCCUGGUGACCGAGGGGACGGGGAAGGGUGGAAUAAACUUGUCUACCCACCCCAGGCUCCUGUCUGCCCUGACGGCCUCCCAGGUCCUGGGCCUCGGCCCUCCUUCAGGGCGUCCCUGGCCUGCAGCUGCGGCCCUGUCCUGCCAGGCCUUGUCUGUCUGUCUGCCCCAGUUUCUCCGUCCAUCCUGAUGGAAAGGCCAUCCAGACGCGGGGCCUGCGCGACUACCCGUGGGGUAGCUGGGGCGUCCCCAGCUACCUCUUCUCCCCUGAGCGGUGCUGGAGGUCACCUGGCCUGAGGGACUCGUCCCUGCCCACCAUCCCGGCAGGUUCUCUCCAGCCCUCCAGUGUCCAGGGCCUCCCCUGCCGGCAGAGGCUGCGCAGGGCCACUUGCUAAGAGCCAGUGGGUGGGGCAGAAGCCGUGCCCCACUCGGCUUCUCUGGGCCCCUGGCCACCAGCACCCCUCCGAGCACACUCGGGUGCCUUUCAGGGGGUGAAGGAGGAGUGGCCUCUGAGGGGUGAGGGCAGCCCAGGGCAGAGUAACCACGUGGCAGGACAGGCAAUGCCCAGCCGCGGGGCAGUGGGCCUCGAGGUCUGCUGGGGCAUCUGGUCACAGGCGGGGUGCGGGGGCCCGGGUGGGCUCUGCACUGUCACUGGUGACGGGUGCGUGCUAGCCCCGGGGCUCUGGGAUCGGCGGGGCGGGGCCCAGCGGAGGUCUCCACACCACCCUGCCUGCCCAGCCUGGGGCCCCGCUCAGUGGCCAGUGUCCGCACUGAGCUCAGAGAUGACGAGGACUUGCAGGCUGGAGACUCGGGCCGGGGGGCUCUAGGACAGAAUGGAGAGACCACCAGGGGGAAGCCAGCUUGAGUACACGCUAGGGUCCCCUCCGGCCUGAGACCAGAGCCAAGCGGGGCAGGUUUGAACGGGGACCCUGCCACAGCAGACACGAGCCAUUGGUAGUUGGUCUCCAGCCCCAGGAGGCGCCUGUGUCCCUCUCCCACCGCAUCCCAGCCCUAACCCACCCCGACCCCUCGGCUUGCCCCGGAGUGCGGUGACGGGCUGGUUGGUUGGUGCCAUGUGCCUGGCAGCGUCGCCCAGGCAGGGCCAGCGGGUGGUUUGCUCGGUGUCUCCAGGGAGGGGGGUUCAAGGGACUCGUUGCUUUCGCCUUCUGUGUGUUGGGGUGCUACAGGGGGUCUCAGGAACCCCCGCCCCAGCUGCACCCUAUCUUAUAUCAGCCAGGGCUGGGGAGCCACGGGAAGCCACCGUCACCAGCCAGCCACCCCCGAGCUUUGGGGGCAGAUGUGCCAACAGCUGUCUAAAGAUGAAAAGUUGUCUAAACAGGUCAACAGCACAGGGAGGCCCUGGGGGCUCCCUCCAGCCCGCAGGGUGCUGGCGCCUCCUGGAAGGACACUCGUCCUGCAGUGCACCCUCUCCGCCUCCGACCUGGGGCCAGCUUCCUGACUUCUAGAAGAUCCCACCUCCAAACAGCCCCACGGGCAGGGCUUCAAGGUCAGAACUGGGGACUCGGCCUAGUCCACUGCACUUGGGGCGGUGGCCCUUCUAGGCCUACCCUUGGAGCCAGAGGCGGCUCACCAUGGAGACCAGUAACCCGUCCAGGUCACGUGAGCCUU